AGGAGCAGCGAGUUACCCGUCUUCCAAAUUUCCUAUCUGGAGGUCGAUCUCAUCAUCAUUUUUUGGCCCCGCAGUGCGAGUGCAGCCAGUUUCGUAAGGAUCUGCCGGCGCUGCCGUUCCGAGGCGCACAGAGAUUUGACAGUGCGGGGGGUUUUGACGUUGGGCUUCUUCCGUAUCCAUUCAGAACUCCAUGGCUAAAAUCGCUAGUCCCAUUGUGGGCGUGCACGAGGACCACACACUUGCCGCACGAAGGGAAGAGAGAAUUAGAGAUAUGCCGGAGCCACGUCCCCCGAUACGUCACUCCUGUAGUAUUCUACCAUGUGAAAGUGGAUUCACAGUGAGCGACAUGGCGCCAUAUAUAUCUAGACUCGGAGCUCGGCAGAAAUCAAAGUCGUGCAAAACGAGCAGGUGCUUGACUACUAGAUGGCCAAUGCCUUCGCUCCACAGAGCCUGAUACGCUGCCAGCUCUCUCGGCAUGCAGAAACGGCAGGUAUUUUCCAGCCCAAGCAAUGGCGAGCUUCUUUGGCGAGCCCCAAUCCGAAGUCAUUGUUUUCGGAGGAGAAUCGUUCGAAGCUGAUAGGGUGGUCCCUUGCCGGCGCGCUUGCCCUUGGCUUGUCUCUCGCUGGCCCUGACUUUGCUGAUGCUAAAAUUGGAGUUAACAAGCCAGCUUUGCUUCCUAAAGAGUUCUCUCCUGUCAUUGACGUAGCAGGAUUCCUAUCUCCAGGACAGGGAUCCAUGCACGGUGACGUUCUGGACAAGAUUUACAGAUCACAAGCAUCGGUUAUUGAGGAAAAGCUUUUGGAGUAUGAAACGAAAAUUGAAUUAUCCAUACUUGCAAAAAACAAGUCACUUAAGCUAGACAACCAUAUGACAAAGUUAUUGAAGUGGCUCUGGGGCUGCUGGAAAGAGGAUUUAUUGGCUUUCAUAGAGGACUUCAAUGCAGAUGUGCAAUUUUUGAGGUUGCUCACUCGAUCUUCCCUACUUCUUUCUAAACAAGAAGAUGCUGAGGACACUUCUCAAAUACUGACCUAUCUGCCUUCCUUGAAGCUUAUGCGGACGUGUGGCAAAGGUCCUUGCAGUAUGUUAAUAGAGGCAUUAAGAGUCAAUCUCACCCACAAGCUAACGAACAUGGGAUUUAUGAUGACAGGGUCCUGUCCAUUGAGGCAGCCUACUCAAUAGCAUUAUGAUGGUCCAAGUUUUAUACUCAAAGUAGAUUUAAGCAGCUUUUGGGAUCAUUAACUGGUGCUUUUCACUCAAAUACCUCUCCAUGUAGUGGUCACAAUGUAAAGUAUGUUGGACAGGAAGCUGAUUACAACCUAAAUCAAGCUAGAAUUAGCAACAAAGAUGGUUCCAUGAGAAUAAAAUCUUUUGUCUAAGUUUCAAGCAUACUGAUGUAUAAUCAGUCAAUUUUAUGCCUAUAGCUUCUAAUCAAUGUACAUUUCAAAUGAAUGGAAAAAAUAAUUUGAUUAAUGAAUACCUUGUACUUUAGUAUCCCAAGCUGGUAUAAUGUUGCUUUUGUGGAUAAACUCACGACUGGUUGCCCCUAAACAUUUGAAUAAGGGGACAGCUUCAACUCAAUUCAAAAGGGUUCCUAGAUUUACCAGUAUGAAACACUGAAUUUUUUCUUCCUCUGAUAACUUAUUAAGGUUCUCAUAUUAUUCACUUCCCAUGCAAACACCAAACUGAAGAAACAGUUGGUGGAAGUGUAUCCGCUGAAAUGUGAAGUUUGAACCUUACUGACAAGACAAAAAUGUUUCUGCAACUUGAAAUCAUUAAUGAACACUUGAGAAUGUCUUCAAAACGUCACUUGUGACACAAGGUGCAUAACAUGGUAAGUUCGGUUGCAGUAAGGAACAACACUUCACUAGUUACUAUAAACUUCGAGAUUUAUAUCAACUUAAAGCUAAGUCACCAGACUCUUCUAUUUUAUUGCCGCACCCGAGUCGCAUCGAGUCGGGUGUGCACCGGACAUGGAUGCAGCUCCGACUCACACCCGAGCCCAGUUAGAAUGUCAUAUUAUUAAAUUACUUAUAUAAUAUAUGUUGUUAUGAUAUUUUCCUAUGCAAUACAAUUAUUCAAGUAUGUUAUAUACAUUAAUAACUGAAUUGUGAUAAUAAUAUAUACAUGCUUAUUCUGUUAUAUAUAUAAUAAAUUAAAAAUCAUACUAAUAAUAAAAUGCCCUCGCCGCACCUAAAUUUUUUGAGAUGUGCUGCUCCGGCACCGGCACCCGCACUUAGGUGACAUAGACUUAAAAGUAAAAAGUUCCUUUUAGCACAGACAUCUGCAUGGAGCCUGGACUGACCAUCUGGUCGGGCAAAACAUGGUAUAUCAUGAACACUGUUUGUGGUGGUAGAUAAGCUUCCUAGCUUGUCAGUGCUGCCAGAUAGCUCAAUCUUGUUAGUUGAACACAUAAGCCAUCGAUAAUUGUGAGUUUGGCAAUUAUAUAGUUAUCAUGUGUCCAAGAUACUCUCAGUUGCAAUGUUAAAGGAGCAAUUGAAGUAUUAAUUCUGUAUGGGGUUCUUGCCUGCUAUUUGUUGUAUUGGAGGUUAGCUAACAAAACCUUUUGUUCAUCCUUUAGUUUGUUUUCCUUUAUGUGGGCACAUGCGUGUAUAGAAAACUCUUCCUGUUGAUGUUUUUGUUGGCUAAUUCAAUGUUCCAUUGUUGGUCUUGAUAACUUCACCUAAUUUUACUAGAAUAGAUAUUGUUUUUGCCUUGAAUUAUCAUUCUUUGUCCAUGCACCUUAAGCAUCUCAUUGUAAGUUUUGAAACAUAUUGUGAGGUGAACUUUAGACCCUUUUGUUAGUUAAGCAUCUCUACUUCCUCUUCUCUUUCUAUAUUUGUUACCCUCAAUUUUUUUUAUGUUCUUAUAUAGAUUUGGCUAGUGGUUCUUUUAUUCAUUAGUCUAUUUCAGUAGAGGUAUCUUGCUGUAAUCAAAAUUGUUGUAUUAUUGCCCGAUUUUCUUUCAUCACAUAAAAUGACCUCUCCAUGCACGAGUAAUAUCAUAUAAGUUACAGUCAAUAGGCCAUAGUGACACCCCUCAUAUCUUAGGUUGUGUUUUAAUAGCUUACUAUAUAGUUAUAGUAUGUAUUGCAUGACAGGAGCAAUGUCUAUUAACAUGGUUUUGUUUAUUAUAUUAAAAAAUCUUGUCAAGGGCUUUUCACCUGUAAUACUAAUAUAUCUUAUUUUUGUAUGAGGACUAAUGACUUCUUUUUCAUGUAGUCUCUACCUUUCUCUAUAGGGUUGAACAUCAUGGGCCUUUUGCUAGAAGGAUGAGGCUACCUAGCUCAAUCGUGAGAAUGGCCUAUGAACUGUGAUUUAACCAUUCUCACAGAAAACACAUUUUUUUUGACAAUAUACGUCAAAAACAGGUCAGCUGCAAAACUGCAAAAAGACAUUGCCUUUUUGAAAAGGACACCAAAACGGAAAAACGUGAAAACAAUGUUUUUUUUCAUUUUUUUGGAAUUUUUGUAUUCUUUAUUAUUGCAUUUUUUUGCAUUUUACUUCUAUGUUUUUAUUUUUUUUAUAAUUUGCCAAGAUUUUUAUGGGAAAAACACCCGAGGAAAAUGUUGCUGUUUAAAACCCAUAAAUAAUGUUUGUGACAACGGCUUUAACCAUAUGGGAAUCUGAACUGUAGACUAGUGAUGCAUGAUUGGCAACAGUAUCACCACGGUUGCAUGCCUGUUCUAAGUUGAACAUUGUAGAAAUCAAGACAGAGGAGCCAAGGUGGAAAGUAAUCACGUCAAGAAAUUAAGGUUGACUGAGGAUUUAAUGCUACAGGCGGUACAAAUAUUCACAGUUUGAAAAUCUUCCAAGUUUUUAUCUUGACUCGUGAGAUUUGAAACAUCAUUGUUAUGAUGCUAAGGAAUGUGCAAAUCAAUUUGUUAAAACUUUUAUGAUAAUGUUAUUCUCCUAAUAAAAUAAUUUGAUGGUUGUUAUAUAUAAUCUCUGUCACAUGGAAAUGGCUCCUGGGCAGCUGCAUCCCAUGUGGAUGAUUUUAGGUUUGGCUCAAAUCUUCUCGUUCAUGAUUUUAGGUACUUUAUGUAUCAUAUAUGCACCAUCACUCUUGUCCAAUAAAAAGUUAGGCGAUGUGGUGAUUUUAGCCAUUCAUGAAAACAAGAUAUGUGGCUCUAGCUGUAAGCCUUUCUAUUCUUCAGUCGCUGCUCUUAAUAAAAGUAAAAUAAGUAGUGCGUUUCAAGUUGAUGAGCAUUGAAGUAUAGACAGAUGCUCUGAGUUAAACCUACAUGUGGCUCUAAUGGGUCUAAUCGAUGAUGGAUAGCAAGUUCGUAUAAGCAAUCUGACAUGACCGGAAAAGACCUUGGUGUAAACAAAUUGCACCUUUGCACAAGAAUAAUCUUUUCAUGAGUGGUGUUUUCAUAUACGAUGUAUAACUCCUUCAUAGGUUUCCAUUAUGAACACGUCAGUACAUCUGAGAACAUGUCAGUACAUCUGAAAUCCAGAAAUGACAUGCUGGGAAAGUUUUACACUUCAGGGUUGCCCAGUUUUGUCUUUGACCUCUAAAAUGAGAAAGAACAUUCACUUGAUAAGAAAUGUUGCUGGAAAAACUUAACUCAUAGCUAGUUAGUAUGUAUUAUGUCAGGCCUGGGACCAAAAAAUUUGACAAAUUUUCCUGUCUUUGUUUCUUGUACUUUUGAAGGGAUUUGAGCCUCGAUGAACAAGAUACAUGUAAUAGAAAUCAUAAGAUGUAUUCAUGAUUUGCAGCUGAAGAGAUUAUUUAUUUUGAACUCCUUAGCAGUUGACUGAUUAUAGUUCUUUCAGUUACCAAAAGUAUAAUAUUUCAUUUUGUUUUAUCGUCUUAAAGGUAUCCAAAACUUACUAAAGUUUUUCAUUCACCUUAUAUUUUGUUACCUUUCUGCCUAAGCUCACCAAUUUCUUAAUGAGUUUUGGCAGUUUGUCUGCUUUGACAUUUAUGUUGCACUCUCUUACCUUGAUAAAUCCUUGUGCUUGAUUGAUUUA